CCUCCUGCCUACCAAAUGAAUACACCAAACAUCGCCAUGUUCAGUAAGCGUGUGGAGGCAAAGCAGAUGAAGCCCCAGGAGUGGCUGGGCUUUGUCCACACACCCCACAGCUCCUGCACAAAGCGUCUCACAAUCACGCGUGCCUCUGGGGCGGGACCUGAGCGCAGUGGGAGGACGUGCCGGCACUGCCUCUGCGGCACCCCGCAGCCCCCGGAUGCCCGCCCUCGGGGCACUGCGCUCCCUGCGCCCCUGGAGCCAAGCGGCUGGCAGGCUAUGAGGUGGCCGCAGGCGAUGGUGAAGCUUGUUAUACAAGGGCGAGGGGUGGUGCUGAGAGCUGCCAGGACCGCGGCCUCACGCUGGUCAUGGCUCCACACCGCUAGCCGGCUGAAACAUCAAACACCUGGGAAGCCUGCCAGUCUGUCACUGGGAAUGAUCCCCAACCAGCUGAGGGUCAGCUCUCCAGUGUCCAGGCAAGAAGAGACGAUGGAUGGUAGGACUGGCUCUGAGCAGGACAGAGACCGUGCCACUUCAGGGCAUGGCCAGGGCCUGAAGUCGGAGCCCUGUUUCCAGACCGACUCUCUCUUGCCUUCCCCCGGCGCAUCCCUGAUACCACAGCUCCUCAGCCACCCGAUGGUUGGCAGGAGCCUGGAUCCCACCAUCCUUUUCCCUUCCUCUCAGGCAGUGGCCCUGCCUCAGGACUACGAGCGUGGUGCAUCUCCUGGAGAAGGAGCACAUGCCCUGGCUUUCCCCAGGACCCGUGCCCUGGCUCCUCUGCCCUGUGCUGGCGACAGGGACCAGCUCUCUGACCAGCACCUACGGGACCAGCUCUCUGACCAGCACCUACGAGCCAAGCGGGCCAGGGUGGAGAGCAUCAUCCAAGGCAUGAGCGUCUCACCAACCCCUCAGCCAUUUGGCACCAGCCUGGAGGCAGCUUUUGGGCACGAGAGGGAGAGGGGUGGCGAGAUGCCCCGGGAGAGCAAGAGGAAGCCGAGGGUGCCCCAGCAGGGCACGGGGGCGGCCAGGCGAGUGGCCCCCGCAGGGGGCAGCCCCCAUCCCGAGGGCUGCCAGCAGCUGAAGGAGCAGCUCUGCUUUUUAGAGCAGCAGCUGAGGCGGCUUCAGGAGAAGUUCUCCCAGGUCUGCGACUUUGGGGACACUGCCCAAACCCAGGAAGAUGCCGAGAAAGUGCAUCCACUACCUGGAAAGCCUGGAGACAGACCAGACAAGGACAGUGCCACUGCCACCAGCGACCCGCGCAAAGUGCCUCUCUGGAGGAGUGUCCUGGAGGUGCAUGGGCCGGAGGAGGAUGAGGACAGAGGCAACACAGGUGGCCUGCCCUCAGCAGCGAGGGUCCUCUCGCAGGCACUGAAGCACGAGCUGGCCGAGGUGACAUCCCAGGUGGUGGACUCUGUCCUGAAGACCAUCUGGCCGAAAGCAGCCAGCCAGCUCCUGCAGCAGCACUGCAGCCUCCCAGUGCCGGGGCCAGAUGCCAGGAGAGAGUAUUUUGCUGCUGGGAAAUGCAGAAAGCCACUUGCUAAGCCAUCUCCCACGAAUGCCCCAGGCUCGCUGGGCUCACCCAAGGCUGAGGCCCUGUCAGGAGCUUCGGGGAAGAGCCCGGGCUCUCAUCCUGGCACCUUCAGUUCAAAGGGGGUCAGAAAACCCUCUCAGGUACCCAGCAUGGGUUAUUCGCUAUGCUCGGCCGCCCCCAUCCAGGACAGCCAGCUGCUGAGCCAACUGCUGGGCUACGACCAGCACGGCCUCUGGGGCAGCGGCUCCCGCAGGAGCCCCUCUGCUCUGGAGAGGGGUCUUCCGGAGCCCCUCAACUUGCAGAUGCAGGAGGCGCUGACCCCCGGCCACCUGAGGAAGGCCAAGCUGAUGUUUUUCUUCACCCGCUACCCCAGCUCUACUCUGCUGAAGACCUACUUCCUCGACGUGCAGGUCUCCCGGGACUCGGAGCUUUUCCGCGCUCUCAACAUGCACUAUAACAAGGGGAACGACUUUGAGGUGCCAGGGCAGUUCCUGGAGGUGGCCAGUCUGACACUGCGGGAGUUCUUCAGCGCCGUCAGGGCGGGCAAGGACACUGACCCCUCCUGGAAGAAACCCAUUUACAAAAUAAUUUCCAAACUGGACAGCGACAUCCCAGAAGGGUUCAAAGCCUCCGGCUGCUCCCAGGAACUGCUCCGCAGCUAA